CAGCAAAGGAGAUAAAAUCUCAACCCUAGGAUUUUCAAUCGAGGGCUCAUAAACUGCCCGAAACAGAAACGGGGCAGAUCUUGUUGCCUUUAAGAGGAGAUCGUGGCCUUCCACAAUUUUCAUCCUUCAGGUUAAAAAAGAGGGUCAUCGAAACCCUCGCCUUUUCUUUCUUUGCAUCUUCGCCACUUCAUUCCGGUGAAGAAAAUCUCCUUUAUUUCCUUCUUUUCAUUUUCCCGUGGCGGCAAUUGAAUUUCUCGGCGAUAAAAUCAUGGGUUCUCGUCAUUUUCUCGCCGGAGAUUAAUUGCCGCUUAGUUCUUAACCUCUUUCCUAAACCCUUAACCUUUCUAUAUGGCAUCAGCUGUUUUAUCCAGUAUAAAUGAACCUCACUGGGAUGAACGAAAUGUUUAUAUGAGGAAAUAUACACCUAAUUCCACUCCUCAUCCUCAGUUUCACAGUCGAUUCAACCCUAAUCCAAACCCUAACCCUAGCCCCAAUUUUAAUCUUACCAGACAAGUCCAAAAUGUAUCAGCCUUAUCUCAUCUCCGGCAGGCCAAUGAGCCACUUCCAAGGGCUGCUCCGUCGCCAUUGCCGCCACCAAGGGCUAACAAUAAUGUGCCGUUCAGUGGGAAACCAAAUGCGGUUUAUGAUCGCAACGACUCAUUUCACAGAGAGUAUGUGACUUUCAAUUUGGGUUCUUAUUCGAGAAAUGAGUUGAAGGACCUUAAGAAGCGGCUAAUCUCUGAUCUAGAUCGGGUUCGGGGCGUUCUAAACAGGAUAGAAGCCCCAGAUUUCGCUUCUAGGACACCGAUAGCACCACAGGUUCAACUGAACCAACCGUCAUUGGCCCCCAAUGUUAGCCGGCAUCAUCGGAAACCUGAAAAAGUUGGUGGUAAGAGCAAGAAGCUCACUGGACAAAAGCGAACAAGAGCAAUAGCCUCGGGGAAAGAUCAUCCUAAGCGGCAAGCAGUAGAAGGGGAUAAGUUUUUUGUAAGUAUGAUGAGGAAGUGCAGGCAGAUAUUGAUGAAAUUAAUGAAGCAUAGGCAUGGCUAUGUGUUUGACAAACCAGUGGAUGUUAAGGGUCUGAAACUAUAUGAUUAUUUUGAUAUCAUCAAGCACCCUAUGGAUCUUGGAACUGUGAUGUUAAGGCUGGACAGGAAUGAGUACAGAACGCCACAAGAUUUUGCAGCUGAUGUGAGACUUACAUUCAACAAUGCCAUCACUUAUAACCCAAAAGGCCAGGAUGUCCAUGCUAUGGCUGUAGAGCUUCUUGGUGACUUUGAAGAGAAGUUCAAACCAGCUUACAAGAAGUACGAAGCUGAGCACCGUAAAGUUGCCACUAUUAUGCAGGUGAAUCACCAGAAGAAUCUGUCUCAGCCUGCACCUAUUCCGCCGCCAAAUGCCUUACAUGAACCAUUGCCGGUUGCGAGAAAAUCAGAGCCCGUGCGGUCACAUUCCACAUUGUUGAAUCAACGCCAAUUUCAGAGUGUACCUGUUGCACCCUUUUUUGCACCCCCUGCUGUAAAAUCCCCUCCACAGCCUGUUUUUACGCCAAGUUCAGCUAAAAUGCGCAAGCCGAAGGCUAAGGAUCCUAACAAAAGGCAUAUGAUCCAUGAGGAGAAAGCGAAGUUAGCGGCUGACUUGCAGAAUCUCCCCUCAGAGAAGAUGGAUCAAGUCGUGCAAAUUGUGAAGAGGAGAACCCCUAAUCUAACACAGGAAGGGGAUGAGAUUGAGCUUGACUUUGAGGCCCUUGACAAUGAAACGCUGUGGGAGCUGGAAAGGUUUGUUGGUAACCAUAAGAAGGCUAUGAGCAAGUCGAAGAGACAAGGAGUCACUGAAGAUGCUGCUGCUAAACAGCUCAACAAGUCGCCUGGGAAGGCACCAACACCAGGACAAGCAAUGCCUCAAAACAAGAAAGUGGGUUUUGGGGAUGAGGAUGUUGAUAUAGUUGAGGAAAUAUCAAAACCAGAGCAAGCAAUGCCUAAAAACAAGAAUGCAGACAUCAGGAAAGAGGAUGUUGAUAGCGUUGAGGAAAUACCAAUACCAGAGCAUGUAAUGCCUAAAAACAAGAAAGUGGAUGUCGGGGAAGAGGAUGUUGAUAUCGGUGAGGAAAUACCAGGUGAAAAUUUUCCUCCUGUACAGAUUGAGAAGGAUGGGCCGUGUGUGAGUAGUGGGUCGAGCAGCUCUAGCAGCUCAAGUUCUGGCAGUGAUUCUUCUUCCAGUGAUUCAGAUUCAGGAAGUUCUUCUGGGAGUGAUUCUGAUGAGGAUAGUGUACAGUCUCCUUAUGUUGAGGCAAAAGAAGCUGGUACAACCUAAGCCAUUUUAUGGGUUUGAGAAUCAGAUAUUGGUGUCUCGGGAUUUUAUUCAACUAAAUAGUGCUAUGGUGCUUCUGUUAGUAUUUUCUCUGGCUGGUUUUUGUGCAUCUGUUUAAGCAGCUCAGAAGAUAUCACAGUUUGGCUGGCUUUUGGAAGUAGGACUAGCUCAAGAUUUAGGAUAUUGAGAGGUUUUAGUUAACUACGGAGUAGUGGUAGGUAGGAUGUUACAAAUGGGGACUGACAACAAACAUUUGGGUUUAUUUUUUGCUUGUAUACAGAAAACCACCUGCUGAUUUUCAGUGUUUAGGAAGGAUAGAAGUAAAUUGUACAGUGCUGAACGACUGAGUUUGGGAAACAAAGUUGUAGUCUCUAUUAACUCAAGAAGAAAUCUCAUCUAGCUCUUCUAUUUGCA